UAAUUUCUCUUAGUUAAGUAUUUGACAUGUUGGUGGUGGAGCAGUGGAGUGGACUGAGGUGAGAGAUUUACAAAAUUAGAUUCCAUUCCUACAAAAGUAACUUAGUAAGAAUUAGGUUACCCAUAUGAAACAAAAUGUGGUAUUUUUAUGUUUGGGAUCCACUACCAUUAGCUUUUAUUAUACCAUCCCUCCAUGACAAUUGUUAGCAUUUUUGCAAAUGCAACAUCAAUUUUCUUAGUACUCCACACGUGAAUCUAAACAACUAUGGAGCUCUUUACUGCAGCAGAAGACCUCAAAUUCUUCAGUGCAAAUAAAAUCAUCAAGGAAGCAGUGAAAAUCCCAGCCAGAUCAUCUCCAGUAAAAUUCUUUUUGAUUACCUUAACCCUCAUUCUCCCACUUUCGUUGAUGCAGUUAUUAUUUGAAACUCAUAGUUCUAUCCUAUACUCUAUUUUUAUCGAUUACUUUUCCGAUGAUCAUCAUUCAUCUCCUUCGUUUAAACAGUUCAUCCGCACCUACUCCACCCAUGAAUUCUUCUACAUUCUUUUCCUCUUCCUAUUCUCUCUUCUCUCUAUCUCCGCUAUUGUCUUCACAGUAGCUUCUCUCUAUGUAUCCAAAUCCAUCUCCGUUAUCCCUACUCUCUUUGCAAUUCCUCGCAUAUUCAAACAUCUUAUGAUAACCUUCUUUUACGUCUUACUUCUCGUGAUUGUCAACUACUUGACCUACUACGUUCCUAGUGCUGUCUUGGAUUUGAUACAUAUCAAUGAAGCUCUCUUGUGGGUUUUUUCUAUCAUAUUUGCUAUCGUAUACGAUCUUGUUCAUUUCUAUGUUACAGCUCAAUGGCAUUUAGCCAGUGUGAUUUCUGUUCUUGAACCAAAUGGUUAUGGCUUGGCAGCCAUGAAGAAGAGUACACAACUCUUACGAGAGAGAACUCGUAUUGCUUUCAGACUUGCAAGUUUAUACUUGGGGGCUUUAUGGACCAUACAAAUUGUGUUCGAGGUUGCAUUGGAGUCUCAAGUACAUUUCAUGGUUAAGCUUUUGUUGGGAUUGCUGUGUUUGUUGAUGCUGGUGGCAGUUAAUCUCACAGGGCUAUUAGUUCAGAGCGUCUUCUACUAUGCCUGUAAAAGUCACCACAAUCAAGUGGUUGAUAAGAAGGUUUUGUAUGAUCAUCUUGGUAGUUACGAUCUCGUUGAUAAAUCAGUAGCAUUAAAUCCUAGUACUGGCGGUGUGGAGAUGCAGAGCUUGGUCAAAGAUGAUCGCGAUAGAGCGGGUUAUCAGCCUGUUGCGUUGGAUGCUACUACUACUGACAGUACUAUCAAGAUGCAGAGAUCGGUCAAUGAUGAUGAGUGAUGACAUGGUUGGAGAGCUGACCAAUGUUUAAAGUGAAGGACAUAGCAAAAACCAAUCGUAAAUAUAGUUAAGUUUUUAAUUUCCAGUAAUGUAGUAGCACUAGCAGGCUUAGAUAGAGAUAUUUGAGGAGACAUCUGUUUACCAAAAAAGUUAUGUAUUACCAGUUUAUCUAGCUAUUAAGUCUCUACUUGGUUAUAUUUCUACUCUAAAUAUUUUAAAUUAUCUUAGUUUUU